AUUUCCAGUUGAACGCGCCUGCCGACCAGUGGGCCAAUUGAAUCGUUAGCAUUUCGAUUGGGACUCUCCUACCAAAUUAAGCAAUCAACGAUCUUAACUUAUAAGCCAGCUAUCAAAUGGGUAACCACAUGUGGAGCAUCAUAUUGAUGCUGCUGGUGCUGGAGCAACUAGUGGCCGAGUCCGUGGCAGCCAAUCUAGUCCAGCUAGUGAAGAAGCAGAGCCAACAGAAGCAGGUGCAAUCCUCGCAAGGACAACAGGCAGGACAACAACAGCCGCAGGGACAGCAGAUCCACACACAGCAGUAUGUCCAGGACACAUUGGGCGAGCAGGAUAUGAAAUCGGAGGACGAGGAGGAGCAAGAUCCCUAUCAGCUGCUGCAGGAGUCGAAACAGGAGUCGCGUUUGCCCAACUCUGCUAACUACCCCUGGAGUCCAUAUGCCGCACCGCAGGGCAAUCCUUACGAGGCCAUGCCCAAGAUGCUGCCCUUCAUUGGCUAUGCCCAGCCCGUGCUCAUCCCCUUCCCGCUCUACCUGGCUCCGGACAUGUUCUAUCCCACCUUUUCUGGUGCCAGCAACGACCUCGAGGAUGUGGUGAUGUCAAGAGCCUCCGGUGGUCGACGUCCUGGUGCCAAUCACGCGUCGCCAGCCCGCAAUUCACCCAUCUACUACGUAAGAGUGCCGCCCACACCCUAUAUGUUUUUGCCCAAUAUGCCAACGGCUCCAUUUGGCGGAGGAUUCUCACCGCUGCUGACCUACCAGCCAAUGCCCUCAUUCUCCGCCUACGGUUCCGUUUUCAAUUUGCCCGUGAACUUCCUGGCCAACGGAAAGCCCACAGGAAUUUACCAAGUGAACGGAUCCCCAGGCGAGGCAGUGGGAUCAUUGACACCUGGUUUGGGUGCCGGUGGAUAUGGAAUGCGGCCACCUACGCCUAGUAAUCCCUACAGACCCAUGUCAUCGUCUUCGAUGGGUAGUUACGGAGGCUCGCAGCAGAGCUUUGGACUCGCCUCCAUACCGGUUCCUCAGCAGGACUCCAAGCUGACAUCCCUGAAGCGUCCCUUCGUGUUCAACGGUCGUCCCGAGGACAUCUACAUCCUGCCAAACAACUUGAGUCCGCUCUACAACGAACAGAGCUACUACUGAUUGCACUUCACGCAAAUGGCUGUGGCAACAACUGAAAGUAUUACAUAAUGCAUUUACUAGAUCGCCUUUUGGAUCAUAAUGAAACUUCAAAAGAAAUUUAAUAAAAUAUAUUUCGAAACUAAGAAGGAUUUUACUGGGUGUACCAUCCAAUUUUUAUUUAUCAAACGAAAUAACUUAUUCUUCUUACAUUUAUGUAUAUGUACUCUUCUCCAUUAUAUAUAUUUUGUAUAAAGUGUAUAUAUUUGGCCGAAAAUAUCAGAUGGGGUAGACGAAUAAAUAGUAGUCAUAAUAU